GUGUACAAAUGCCCCAUCUGGUUAUAUUGUGGUCUGUUGCACAACUUCCGGCUGCAGCCCUGUCUCUCAAUACUGGAUCAGUUUCAAAAAGUGUUGUUCACAUCAAUCACUUAGACACAGAUACAUGGGAAAAUAUCAUGGGAUACAUAGGAGUUACACAUUAAUCACACACACAAUCAUCACAGUGAACUGUACAAAUCAACAUCCUUCAUUGAAUAGAAAUUUGGCAUCCCCCUCUCUCACACAACAUGUAGCCUAUAUGAAAUAAAAGUCAUGUCCACGUUUUUUUAAAUAUUCAUUAUUUAGCGUGCUAGUCGACAUCUUGUGUCCUUGUGCAGCCCGAUUUAAAUUCCGCUUGUACUGACAGGUGCAAGUUGCAAGAAAUUUCGGUUUAUUUCAACCUGUCUCCUAUCGUCCUAAAUUUGUUUCAAGUGACUGGUGACAUAGAAAUAAUAGUUAGCAUGUUAGUCGUUAGCCUAGAUACAGCCGGGUGCACCUAGUAGCGUCAGACCUGUUAAAACGUAAGUUAAAGGGCAUACCAGAGAUAUUGGAUAGCUAAAGGAGAUACCCCACUGUACGCUUAUCCAAUGUUAAGAAAACGGGUACUCUUCCUGUCUCCUAAGGUAGGCGUGGUUACCGCUCCCUCCAAUCAGAGCCUGUUCUGCCCCUCCCCACCUCGUGUUGAACCGUUGAACAGAGGGUCUGUGUCUCGCGAUAGCUUGUUUUCUGGGACGGACAGGGCUCAAACAAAGUUAACUUUCUCUUGUGCAGAUGAAAAAUGCAACUCUAGUGUCAGAAUGUUGGUAAGAUGUGUGGCUUGUGGAAAACGAACCCAGUCUUUACUUUAGUGAUUACAGGGCGAAAGAAUUAACCCGAAACUGUUAUCACGUUCAUUUUCCUCAUUGACGGCAAUACAUUCAGAGUUGCCUCAAGUCCUUAACGGGGCAUAGCGCUGACGUCAUUGAAUCAGGAAGUGAGCCGAGUGGAGUAUCUCGCUUUUCCAGUAUCUCUGGGCAUACUCUUCAAGUGCAAAGUUAGUCCACUAAACAAGCUUUUUUUCCACAAAGACCACCUCAUAUCAUUAGGAUAAAUGUCAGAGAACAUAUAGAAAACGACAUGUAAACGUGUUGUCUUACCUUAACCGCGUGCUGCCGUGAUUGUUUACCAUUUAGCUCUGCUGUCCAAAGCGCGGCCGAAAUAUCGCGAGAACAAGCAGCUCUCGAUAAAGCCCAGCUGGAUCCGGUGGCGGGCGUUACCGGAGAUUACAGGCAACAAGUCGGAGAUCAGUUUGGCAAAGUAAAAUGGUUCGUAAGUGUGCAUUUCCUAAUUGUGAAAACAAAAUGUGGCGCAAUAGGCGCAGCUUUCAUCGAUUGCCAUACAGAUACCCGGAUAUAACGAAGUUAUGGCUAGUUGUACUGAAAAUUGAUGAAAACACACCAGUCAGUAGCCUGCGCCUCGCCGAUCAUCGGGUUUGCAGUGAUCAUUUCGAUCAGGAUGAUUACCUACCGACCAAGGAGGGACAAUCUAAACUUUACCUGAAGAGAAAUGCUAUUCCCAAGGGGAUACCUGAUGCAAACCGAGUGGAGUGGUCAACUGCUGCAUCCAGGACGUGCUCCGUGGUCAGAUGUGAUUCAUGGCGUCGCAGCGCACUACUGUUUAAGUUACCGGAAGAUCCAGAGAGGAGGCUGGAGUGGGUUCAGUUCAUUUUCGAAGUCAAUGGGCAGCGACUGAAAGAGUCAUCCUGGACUGAUAUCACCAUUUGUAAUGAACACUUUACUGAUGACUCUUUUGAAGACACGGGCCAGCUAAAGCUCAGUGCUGUCCCAACACUGUGUGUCAAGUCAGAGCCCGAUGAAUCCCCGGAGAGCCCACAGAAUGAGGAGCCUGUAGAAGCCAAAGAUGCUGAUAGUCCAUGUGAUGACCGUCCACCUUCCCACUCUAAAAAAUCAAGACGUACUGGAAAAGCUUCACAAGCAAGUGGUGUCUCAAAGUCGAAUUCAACUGAUGCUCAAAAUGCUGUCACUUCUGGAUCUGACCAGAUGCCACAAAAAGUCCUGAAUAUUGAGUUAAACAGGGAAAAGUCUGCGCUUCUACAGAUUAAAGGCAAGUAUAUUGUGAAUGAAAGCUGCCUCCUCCAGUUGUUCCGCCGCAAGUGCCCGUCGUGUGGCUUUAAACUUCAGAUGGAGAAGGUCACCUCUGGGGUGCUCAUCGUCUUCACCCAAACUUGCAUGAAGUGUGACUACAAAAACCAGUGGAAGAACCUUGUCAAUUACGCUCUUCCUACAGCUGUGGAUCAACACCUGACAGGAGGCACAAAAGAAACUGCAGAGACCAAACAGGAAAUGCCAACAGACGACAACCCCAGCAGCACGGUGUUCUCUGAAGUUGUUACCUUUAGUGAUGAAGAAAGUGAUCCGUCAGAUGAAGGAGACGAAGGUGAUGACUGUGGGGUGAGUUCCGAUGGGGAUUGGAAUCCAACCGAGGAUGUUUUGCUGGCGGAAGAGCUCACAAAGCAUUCUGAAGAGGAAAGUGAAGAUGAAGAUGAAGAGCAAAGUGGAGAGGAGGAAGAGUUUGAUUCCCCGGGUGGCCUCAAAAUUAAUGAGCUCUGCACAGAAUGUGGAAGUUUCUUCAAUAUUCUGAAGCCUCACACUUGUGAGUACAAAAUAAAGCCCUUUUCCUGCAAUAUCUGCGGCAAAAGAUGUGUUACCGAGACGUCUCUGAAAAAUCAUAGCAAAAUUCAUGAUGAAACCUAUGAGCAUCCUUGCAAAUACUGCCAUGUUACCUUCAAAACGAGGGUGGACAAACUUAAACAUGAGCAGAUCCAUCAAGAUUGCAAAGAACCCUAUAAAUGUCCAGACUGUCCAAAGACAUUUGCCAGCAGUAAAGUACGCAGAGCCCACCUGGCAAAUCACAGAAGGGCCCCGAAGGAGUACAAAUGUGGAGUUUGUGGGAUUGAAUUUAAGGAUGUUCAUCAUCUGCGGAGACAUUCUGUCGUGCACACGGGAUUGAAACCCUACAAGUGCGCAGUGUGCCACCGUGGCUUCAAUCAGUCGAGCCACCUGAAAUCUCACAUGCGUCUGCACACAGGGGAGAGGCCUUUUAAGUGUAAGCAUUGUGACAAAAGCUUCAAUCACAAUGUGAGCUUGAAGAGUCAUGUCCAGCGUUACCACUCAUCGACUUCUGGACAUGAACAGAAGAAGGUUAAGAUGGAAGAAGGGACCAGCGACACUGGCGAUGCAGAGGACAGUGGGAUUAAGAAAGGCACAGACUCUGAGUUUGACAAUGCAGAAGAAGAUGCAGGAGGGGAGGUGCAGAAGGAGGUAACAGAAGUGCGCAAAAGUAAAAAGAGGACCACAGGCAGACCCAGAGGAAGGCCGAAGAGGGACGCAGCAGGCAACUUGAUUCCGGCAGGGGAAACAGAAGGCUCACGUUCAAACACUAGGACUGCAAAAUCAAAGGUGCAGAAGUUAAAGAAAACAGGUUCCAGCGAUGAGGAAAGUGAAGACGAGCAAUCAGACAGUGACAUAUCACCAGAAGAGGAGGAGGAGGAAGAAGAAGAAGAAGAGGAGCAGGAGACAGCGAAGAAGAGCACAGGGAAAUCAAGAGGAAGACCAAAAAAUGACAGUGACUCUGAUUUUGACCCAGAAGAAGUAACAAAGAAAAAGAGGUACAGCAGCCAGAGCAGCGGUAAGACCUCAGGGAAACGUAGGGGAAGGCCAAAGAAAAAUCCAGAGGUCUGAAAAUGCUUAAAACACACAGAGCUGAAUAAUUUGUUUUGAGAAAAAGAAAGAAGCUGCAGAAAACUGGACUGAUACCUCUCAAAGAUAUGGUAAAACAAUUUGGAAUAUGAGAAAAAAACAUUCAAACAGGCCAACGUCUUUCUGAGGCCCUGCCUACACAUAUACAGAUAUUUUUAAAAGCUGAUAUUUUCCCCCCUCUGUUUUAAAAAGAAUCUGUCCACACGACUUUUAUUGUACAAAAUAUCUUCAUACACACUAGAAAACAAAAGCACCUCCAGAUGCUCAUUGGUGUUAGCCUUCUCCCAGUUGUUGCAAAUGCAGUAAUAUUAACAGGCUAACGUUACAUUUUUCAAAACUUAGACUGGAGAUCUCAUCACCAUUUAGUCCCUUUUAACAUAAGGAUAAAGGAGCUCACUUAAAAAUACGAGUAAUGCUCUUGACAAUCGAAAGUUUUCUUUCCACUCCUCAUCAACAACAAUCCCACUCUCAAAACUGUCCCACUGUCUGCUGGUUUGACCGUUCCUGAUGAUCCAAAACCACCGUUUCUUGCAACUUUAUACUGCAGAUGUUGAGGUUGACCAAGUAACAUUGGACACCGCAGAUACCUCCGUUCAUCCGUAAAGUGGUGAAGCAGUACUUAUGCAAGUGUGAAGUAGUCAUUGGACCAAGCAGUGCUAACAGAACAUAAACUAACAUGUUCAUUACAUAAAGCAGCAGUGGGUAUGCACAGUUUGAAUAGUGGACGACUCACCCUUCUUCUGAGCCUCAGUCGCCCCCACAGUCGUUUUAGUGGCCAAAACGUAGAGGAAAAUAUACAUUUACAAAAAUAUCUGUGUAUUUGUGGACAGGGCCUGAAUUAAAUCAUCUUCUACUGUGCAGUAUUGGAGGGUCAGUCAGUGAAUCGUUUGAAAAAAAAAAUCAGAUAUUUCUAUUGAGUUCAAGUGCAUUAUAAAAAAAAGUGACUGUCAGAAAAUGGUAUAACCGUUGGGAAAUAUGUACUAUAUUCAUGUAUUAUAAGAAUAAUGUAAGUUUCAAGCUAAAAAACAACAUUUAUACGGAGGUCAGGGCACUGUGGCACAGCCAUUGUUUCUUUUGUCCUUACUUAUUCACUAUAAAGCUACAUCAUUAUGUAACUUCAGUGAUUUAUUAGUCUGUAGAAAAAUCAAAAAGUGUUCAGAUAGCAUUUCAUUGUUACAUGUUUUGUUUAAAUAAAUUAGUAUUCCACAAUUUUACCUGUCGGGUAAUAGAUCUCGAUCAAUGAUAAAGUCCUUUCACACAAUGCCUUUGAAUUUAUAGAAAAAUAUAACAGUUGGAUAAUUUUACCUGACUGUAAGUUUUGGAGUGUUGAAAUGU